UCCAAGUUUAUUCACAAGAAGCUCAGAAGAGAAGAGAUCUGUAUACGACAAAUUCUCAUUUAGUCUUCUGUUCAGUGGUCGAUAAAGAAGGAUAACUACAGCCGUUGAAGACACUGUUGGGUCACUGAAGACUUCAUGCAUUCACUGCAGUUUUAUCCUUGAAUCUUUUGAAUCUGAGAAUCCCUUGCCCGAGGCCUUGAUGGAGAGGUUCAAGUCUAACGCGGGGGAGCACGUGAACCCCGCUUAUGACACCAAUCUGGAUGGACCUCCUACUUACCAGGAUGUGCGUGCGGUGCGGCCCUCGGUGGUCAGCGCCUUCGGUCACGACACUUUGGACCGAGUGCCCAACAUCGAUUUCUACCGCAAUGCGGGCAGCAUGAGUGGUCACCGUGCCGUGCGGCCGUCCCUGCAGGAGCUCCAUGAUGUGUUUCAGAGGAAUGGAGCCAUCUCUGUGCCGGACACAGUGCGGGACGACGAGGAUGACGAUGGGAGCGAUGGGUCACCUUACGAUGAUGUGGAGUCUGCCGAUCCCCCCGAAAAAAUGCAAGGGGGAGUGAAGUUUGGCUGGAUCAGGGGCGUCCUGGUGCGAUGCAUGUUGAACAUCUGGGGUGUCAUGUUGUUCAUCCGUCUGUCGUGGGUUUUCGGUCAGGCAGGCUGGGGUUUGGGCAUCGUGGUCAUUGCUCUCAGCUGCGUGGUCACCACCAUCACUGGUCUGUCUAUGUCGGCCAUCUGCACUAACGGUGUCGUCAGAGGAGGCGGAGCCUACUACAUGAUAUCUCGCAGUCUGGGACCCGAGUUCGGCGGGUCGAUCGGCCUCAUUUUCGCCUUUGCCAACGCCGUGGCCGUAGCCAUGUACGUGGUGGGCUUCGCCGAGACUGUGGUGGAUUUGCUCAAGGAGAACAACGCCAUCAUGGUGGACCCAUUAAACGACAUCCGAAUCGUCGGCUGCAUCACGGUGGUGCUGCUGUUGGGCAUAUCGCUCGCAGGAAUGGAAUGGGAGGCCAAGGCCCAGCUCGUUCUGCUCGUUAUCCUGCUGAUCGCCAUCGUGAACGUGUUUGUGGGAACUUUCAUCCCCGCAACCACUUUCAAGAAAUCCCAGGGAUUCUUCAACUAUAACUCAAAAAUAUUCUUAGAAAAUUUUACGCCGGCCUUCCGCGAAAACGAGUCAUUUUUCUCGGUGUUCUCCAUCUUUUUCCCUGCGGCAACGGGAAUCCUGGCUGGAGCCAACAUCUCUGGAGACUUGCGGGAUGCCCAAAAAGCUAUCCCUAAAGGUACCUUGCUGGCCAUCCUGAUCACUGGUAUCACCUACUUGGGUGUUGGCCUAUGUGUCUCUGCCGUUGUUGUCCGUGAUGCCACAGGAAACGAUACGGAUCUCAUCAUUCCCGGCACGGUGUGUAACGGCUCGGCAGCAGUUGCCUGUGAGCUCGGCUAUGAUUUCUCUUCCUGUGCCGUGGAAAAGUGCAAGUUUGGCCUGAUGAACAACUUCCAGGUGAUGACCAUGGUGUCUGGGUUUGGUCCCCUUAUCAUCGCUGGAACAUUCUCAGCUACCCUGUCUUCAGCUCUGGCUUCCCUCGUCAGUGCUCCCAAAGUCUUCCAGGCUCUGUGUAAAGACAAAAUCUACAGGAUUCUGAACUGCUUUGCCAAGGGACACGGCAAGAAUGACGAGCCGAUCCGCGGCUACGUCCUCGCGUUCAUCAUCUCCGUGGCCUUCAUUCUCAUCGGUGAUCUGAACAUGAUCGCUCCCAUCAUUUCAAACUUCUUCCUGGCUUCUUACGCGCUCAUCAACUUCUCCUGCUUCCAUGCCUCCUGGGCCAAGUCUCCAGGUUGGAGACCUGGAUAUAAAUUCUACAACAUGUGGCUGUCACUGUUGGGCGCCAUACUCUGCUGUGUCGUCAUGUUUGUCAUCAACUGGUGGGCAGCUCUCAUCACGUACGGCAUCGAAAUCCUCCUCUACGUUUAUGUCACUGUCAAGAAGCCGGAUGUGAACUGGGGGUCGUCCAAGCAGGCGGUGACGUUUGUGAGCGCGGUCAGCAACGCUCUGUCUCUGUCUGGUACCGAGGACCACGUCAAGAAUUUCAGGCCUCAGAUCUUAGCUAUGAUGGGUUCACCAAAGACCAGACCAGCUCUUCUGGACCUGGCUCACUCGCUCUCUAGGGACUAUGGUCUCUGUCUCUCCUGUGAAGUCUUUGUGGGUCCGAGAUCAGAGAUUCUCCCAGACAUGAACUCCAACAUGGAGAAGAACCAGCUGUGGCUCAGGAAGAGCAAACGAAAGGCAUUUUACACCGCCGUGGCCUGCGAUGAGUUCAGGGAAGGGUCUGACAGCCUUCUGCAGGCUUCUGGUCUCGGCCGCAUGAGGCCCAACAUUUUAAUGAUGGGCUUUAAGAGAAACUGGAGGACGGCAAGUGCAGAGUCGGUGCAGACUUAUGUGGGCAUACUGCAUGAUGCAUUUGACUUUGAGUAUGGGACGGCGUUACUGCGGAUGAAGCACGGACUUGAUAUGUCGCACAUCGUCGAAGCUGAAGAGGAGAUGCUGAAGGCAGCCAGGGAGCAGGAGGCAGCGGAGAGCGAAGGGCUGCCCAAUGGAGGGAAAGCGAAAGGACUGUUCAGGAAGUCCAGGAAAUCGUCUCAGCAAGUGCUUACGACCAGAGUGUCAGUGGUUGGCCCUCCGCCUCCGCAGAUCGCCAAGAUAAAUGAGAAGCUGAUGGAGGCCAGCGCUCACUUCAAGAAGAAACUGCCUAAGGGCACGAUUGAUGUGUGGUGGCUGUUUGACGAUGGAGGUCUCACGCUGCUGCUUCCCUACAUCCUCACCACCAGAAAGAAGUGGAAAGACAGUAAAUUAAGGAUCUUCAUCGCGGGACAACCUGAACGCAGUGAGCUGGACCGACAAGAGAUGAACUCUUUGUUGAAGAAAUUCAGAAUUAAGUGCGACGACAUCAUCGUCAUUGAUGACCUCCACGUCAAACCGCGCGCUGACAGUUUGAAGCGGUUGGAGGACAUGAUCGAGCCGUUCCGUGUGCGCGGGCCUCAGGUCGAGGCCGCUCAGCAGCGACAGCAGCCGUGGAAGAUCACCGACGAGGAGCUGAGCAGCUUUGAGGAGAAGACCAACCUGCAGGUGCGACUGAACGAGCUGCUGCAGGAACACUCCAAAUUGGCCAACGUCAUCUUUGUGAGUAUGCCCAUCGCUCGCAAGGAAGCUGUGUCUGACUACCUCUACAUGACCUGGCUGGACAUCCUCACCAAAGACCUCCCCCCAACGCUGCUCAUCCGAGGAAACCACAAGAGUGUGCUGACUUUCUACUCCUGAGCACCUCGCAAGGGCUUAAUAGCAUGGGGGGGGGAGUAGUAUUUACUGAUGAAGCUUUUCCUUGAUACAGUCCUAGCACGACUCGGCUCCACUCCACUUUUUCCGCCUUUCCAUUAGUGAUAGGACCUGGUACCUAACGAGGAUACUAAAAUGUGACGUCGUCAGAGAGUAUCGUCACCGGAAGUGCGUCCGACACAGGAAUCAAACCGAACGACGCUGAACUGUAGAUCAGUCCAAAAAGACUUCAAAUGUCCUGAAAACACGCGUUAAUCUCUAACGUUUAACAACCAAACGUCUUAAAAUCUCAAUAUUUAACAGAGGAGUCUGGUGUAUUAAGAUUCAGUCACACCGAAAACACACGCUUUGACCGUCACUAGUUACUAUGAAAUAAAGGAACACAACGUGCCUGUCACUAGACCAAAUAGAGUCGAGUGGUGCUAGAACUGUAUCAUGGAAAAGUGCCAUAAAAUUCACUCUCCACUCGCAGCUUAUUUUGAGCUGCUUCAUCAGGGCUAAUGGGGAAGCUGAGUUCACCAGCAAGUAAACCAUAGUAAACAUGUAAAAAUAGUUAACUGUUAACUGGUAAAAGUGGUUAAAAAAAGACAAAAUGUGGAGUUUUAGGAGCAGAGGCAAAGUUUGAGGUGACUUUACAUGUGUGUGUGAGUGUGUGUGUGUGUGUGUGUGUCAGGGUCAGUCCAUUGAUCAAAAAGCAGAAAAACAUGGUUCCACCUACAGGGAACAUGUUGUCUGACUGUAAAAUACAUGUAUAUAGUAGACGUCUGAAUUCACGAGUAGAUAUUUUUAAAGCUAUAAAGACGAUGAUUGAUAUGUUUUGAAAAGAAUUCACCGAGUGUAAAAUACACUGUUAUUAUGGAGCUGUUUCUCCUUCUUUCUUUCUCUCUCUCUCUUCACAUGAUAAGCUUUUAAUUUCACUUUCAGAACACGUAUCUCACAUGCAAAUUCUUCUAUAUGUUUUAGCCUUUUUUCUGUAUUUCUAUUUAAAUAUGAAAUUGUGAUUGUAUAAAAUAAAGAAUGAAUAAAAAUGGAAA